AUCGUUAUUUAUAAAAUAUUGUCAUGUAUGUUUGAAAAACAUGGAUGUGUCACACAGUUUGUUCUGUUCAGCACGAGAAGAAAGCCCUAACUUCUCAAAGAUGUGAUUGUAUUUUCAAAUUUCGUUACCUCUUUCAUAUUAGUUAUAAACAGGAUGAUGUGGAGACGAGUGAAAAUGAAAUGCAAAUACAAGACGACAGUCAAGAUCUGUCACUUGAGCAUUCUGAAUAGGAAAUUAAAAAGAAAAUUUCAACAAGCCAUAUUAGAAAUAAGUGAGGAAGAAGAUCGACUAAAUUCCGUUAUCUAUACUAAUCCCAGUUCAGUGAGCUCAUAUUCUGCUUCUACUGAACAUUCAGAACAGUCUAGUCAACAGAAUUUUUCACAAUCUGUAGCACAGUACUUGCACACAGAAACUGAGAGUAGUGAUGUAAAUUUGUAAUGUUGUUUUUCUAAAAUUAAAAACUUACUUUCAUAUA